GAGCUCAGUCUUCCACCAAGAGCUGCUCAGUUCUACGGGCUCCAGCCUCCUACAAGGACUGCAAGGGGAGCUUGCCUCCUCUGGCCCCAAGUCUCCUCUCCUUGGUGGGGAAAGGUUGCAAGAAGACAAGGAGACAGGGAGAGACAGAAGUAUGCGUCGUGGUGAAGCGUAACUGAAUCUAAAAGCCCAGGGUCACGCGUCUUCAGGUUUUCUCAGGGUUCAUACUUGGUGCUUAGACAUUGAAAAUGAGGAACCACCGACCAUUGCCCCUGGUGGCCAUCCUGAGCCUCUUCCUCUCAGGCCUCUCCAUGACUUAUGGCCAGCAGCAAGCAGAUGUCAAAAAUGGUGCCGCUGCUGAUAUAAUCUUUCUAGUGGAUUCCUCUUGGAGCAUUGGGAAGGAGUAUUUCCAACUUGUUCGAGAGUUUCUGUAUGAUGUUAUAGAGUCUUUAACUGUGCGAGAAAAUGAUUUCCACUUUGCUCUGGUCCAGCUCAACGGAAACCCACAUACUGAGUUCCUGUUAAACACGUAUCAUACUAAGCAAGACAUCCUUUCCCAUAUUUCCAACAUGUCUUACACUGGGGGAAGCAAUCAGACUGGAAAAGGAUUAGAGUAUGUAAUUCACACUCACCUCACUGAGGCGGCUGGAAGCCGGGCCAGGGACGGAAUCCCUCAGGUUAUCAUAAUGUUAACUGAUGGACGCUCGGAGGACAGCCUCGCUCUGCCCUCAGGGGAGCUUAAGUCUGCUGACGUUAACGUGUUUACAGUUGGAGUUGAGGAUGCAGAUGAAGGAGCGCUGAAAGAAAUAGUGAGCAAACCGCUCAGUCUGCAUGUUUUCAACCUAGAGAACUUUACCUCCCUCCAUGACAUGGUAGGAAGCUUAGUGUCCUGUGUGCGCUCCUCCGUGAGCACAGAAAGGGCUGGCGACACGGAGAGCCUGAGAGACAUCACAGCACAAGACUCUGCUGACAUUCUUUUCCUUAUUGACGGAUCAAACAACACCGGAAGUGCCCACUUUGCUGUCAUUCGCGACUUCCUUGUAAAUCUCCUUGAGAGACUUUCAAUUGGAACCCAGCAGAUACGAGUGGGGGUGGUCCAGUAUAGCGAUGAGCCCAGAACCAUGUUCCCUUUGGAUGCCUACUCCUCCAAGGCUCAGGUUCUGGAUGCAGUGAAGGCCCUCCGCUUUGCUGGGGGGGAGCUGGCCAACAUUGGCCUGGCCCUUGACUUUGUGGUGGAGAACCACUUUACACGGGCGGGGGGCAGCCGUGUGGAGGAAGGGGUUCCCCAGGUGCUGGUCCUCAUAAGUGCUGGGCCUUCUAGUGAUGAGAUCCGUGACGGGGUGGUAGCUCUGAAGCAGGCUAGCGUGUUCUCAUUCGGCCUCGGAGCCCAGGCCGCCUCCAGGGCCGAGCUACAGCACAUAGCUACUGAUGACAACUUGGUGUUUACUGUACCGGAAUUCCGUAGCUUUGGGGACCUCCAGGAGCAAUUACUGCCGUACAUUGUUGGCGUGGCCCAAAGGCACAUUGUCUUGCAACCGCCAACCAUUGUCACACAAGUCGUGGAAGUCAAUAAGAGGGACAUCGUCUUCCUAGUGGAUGGCUCCUCCAACCUGGGGCUGGCCAACUUCAAUGCCAUCCGCGACUUCAUUGCCAGGGUCAUCCAGAGGCUGGAGAUCGGACAGGACCUGAUCCAGGUAUCAGUGGCUCAGUACGCAGACACUGUACAGCCCGAGUUCUAUCUCAAUACCCACCCCAGCAAGAGGGAAGCUGUAACGGCCGUGCGCAAGAUGAGGCCCCUGGAGGGCUCCGCCCUGUACACGGGCUCCGCCCUCGACUUCGUUCGCAACAACCUGUUCACCAGCUCGGCUGGCUACCGGGCGGCUGAGGGGGUUCCCAAACUCCUGGUGCUGAUCACCGGCGGUAAGUCCCUAGACGAGGUCGGCCAGCCUGCACAGGAGCUGAAGAGAAGUAACAUCAUGGCCUUCGCCAUUGGGAACAAGGACACCGACCAGGCUGAGCUGGAAGAGAUUGCGUUCAAACCCUCCCUGGUGUUCACCCCUGCUGAGUUCCGCCCUAGUCCUUUGCAAGGCCUGCUGCCCACCCUGCUGGCGCCCCUCAGGACCCUCUCCGGAACCACGGAAGUUCACGUAAACAAAAGAGAUAUCAUCUUCCUCUUGGAUGGAUCCGUCAACGUUGGAAAAACCAAUUUCCCUUAUGUGCGCGACUUUGUAAUGAACCUAGUUAACAGCCUUGAUGUCGGCAGUGAUAAUAUUCGUGUUGGUUUAGUGCAAUUUAGUGACACUCCAGUCACGGAGUUCUCUCUAGACACUUACCAGACCAAGCCAGAGCUGCUUGCCCACCUGAGGCGCUUACAGCUCAAGGGGGGCUCGGGCCUGAACCUGGGCUCUGCCCUGAGCUAUGUCCAUGCCAACCACUUCACGGAGGAGGGCGGCAGCAGGACCCAGGAACAUGUGCCACAGCUGCUACUCCUGCUCACGGCCGGGCAGUCCGAGGACUCCUAUCUGCAAGCUGCCAAUGCCCUGGCACGUGCAGGCGUGCUCACCUUCUGUGUGGGGGCCAGCCGGGCGGAUAAGGGCGAGCUUGAGCAGAUUGCUUUUAGCCCGAGUCUGGUGUAUCUCAUGGAUGAUUUCAGCUCCCUGCCAGCUUUGCCUCAGCAACUGAUUCAGCCCCUGACCACAUAUGUUAGUGGAAAUGUGGUGGAAGUACCACUCGCCCAGCCAGAGAGCAAGCGAGAUAUUCUUUUCCUCUUUGACGGCUCAGCCAAUGUUGUGGGCCAGUUCCCCGCUGUCAGGGACUUUCUCUACAAGAUCAUCGAAGAGCUUGAUGUGAAGCCAGAUGGGACCCGGAUCGCGGUGGCUCAGUACAGCGAUGAUGUCAGGGUGGAGUCCCGCUUCAAUGAGCACGUGAACAAGCCUGAGAUCCUAAAUCUUGUGAAGAAAAUGAAAAUCAAGACGGGGAAAGCCCUUAACCUGGGCUACGCCCUGGACUAUGCGCAGAGGUACAUCUUUGUGAGGUCGGCCGGCAGCCGGAUUGAGGAUGGUGUGCUGCAGUUCCUGGUGCUGCUGGUGGCUGGGAGGUCCUCGGAUGCUGUGGAUGGGCCAGCAGGUUCUCUGAGGCAGGGUGGAGUGGUGCCUUUCAUCUUCCAAGCCAAGAAUGCAGACCCCACUGAGCUGGAGCAGAUCGUGCCAUCCCCUGCCUUCAUCCUGGCUGCGGAGUCCCUCCCCAAGAUCGGAGACCUCCAGCCACAGAUCGUGAAUCUCCUGAAAUCGGUGCAAAAUGGGGCGCAAGCUCCAGUUUCAGGUGAAAAGGAUGUGGUGUUUCUCAUCGAUGGCUCUGAGAGUGUUCGGAGUGGCUUCUCCCUCCUGAAGGAUUUUGUGCAGAGAGUCGUGGAGGGUCUGGAUGUGGGUCCCGAUCGCGUGCGUGUGGCCCUGGUGCAGUACAGUGACAGGACCAGGCCUGAGUUCUACCUGAAUUCCCACAUGGACCAGCAGGGAGUCAUUAAUGCUAUCCGCAGGCUCACCCUGCUGGGCGGGCCAACCCCUAACACAGGGGCCGCCCUGAACUUUGUCCUGAGGAACAUCCUGACCAGCUCUACCGGUAGCAGGAUGGCAGAAGGUGUCCCCCAGCUCCUGAUCGUGCUCACAGCAGAGAGGUCUGGGGAUGACGUGCGGGGCCCCUCCGUGAUCCUGAAGCAGGGUGGGGCAGUGCCCAUCGGUAUUGGCAUUGGGAACGCUGACAUCACAGAGAUGCAGACCAUCUCCUUCAUCCCCGACUUCGCAGUGGCCAUCCCCACCUUCCGGGAACUGGGCACUGUCCAGCAGGUCAUCUCUGAGAGAGUGAUCCAUCUGAGCCGUGAGGAACUGAGCAGGCUGCAGCCAAUUUUCCCGUCUCCGCCCAGCCCAGGUGUUGGUAACAAGAAGGAUGUGGUCUUUCUCGUCGAUGGGUCCCUGAAUGCUGCCUCUGAGUUCCAGUACAUCCGCGCCCUGAUCGAGAGGCUGGUGGAGUAUCUGGAUGUGGGCUUUGAUACCACCCGGGUAGCGGUCAUCCAGUUUAGCGAGGACACUAAAGUGGAGUUUCCUCUGAACGCCCACACCAGCAAGGAUGAAGUCCAGAGUGCUGUGAGGCGGCUGCGGCCCAAGGGCGGAAAGCAGGUCUACAUUGGGAAUGCCCUGGAGUAUGUACUGAAGAACAUCUUCCAGAGGCCCCUGGGGAGCCGUAUAGAAGAGGGCGUCCCCCAGUUCCUGGUCCUCAUCUCCUCAGGGAAGUCCGACGACGAGGUGGAGGAGCCGGCCGUGGAGCUCAAGCAAUUUGGUGUGGCCCCUCUCGCCAUAGCCAGGCACACAGACCAAGAGGAGCUGGUGAGGAUCUCCCUGAGCCCGGAGUACGUGUUCUCAGUGAACACCUUCAGGGAGCUGCCCAGCCUGGAGCAGAAGCUCCUGACCCCCAUCACCACCUUGACUGCCCAGCAAAUCCAGCAGAUCUUGGCCGACACUCGAUAUACCUCUCCAGUAGCUGGGAGUGAUGCUGCCGACAUUGUCUUUCUGAUUGACAGCUCUGAUGGCGUCAGGCCCGAUGGCAUUGCUCACAUCCGAGAUUUUAUUGGCAGGCUCGUUCGAAAGUUCAACAUUGGGCCCAACAAAGUGAGAAUUGGGGUUGUGCAGUUCAGCAACGAUGUCUUUCCUGAGUUCUACCUGAAGACCUAUAAAUCACAGGCCUCUGUGCUGGACGCCAUAAGACGCCUGAGGUUCAAAGGAGGGUCUCCCCUGAACACGGGGAAAGCUCUGGAGUUUGUGGCCAGAAACUUCUUUGUGAAGUCUGCUGGGAGCCGGAUAGAAGAUGGGGUGCCUCAACACUUGGUCCUAGUUCUGGGUGGAAAGUCCCAGGAUGAUGUUUCUAGGUACUCCCGGGUCAUUAGCUCUUCAGGGAUCAAUACUGUAGGAAUAGGAGACCGGAAUAUUGACAGAACGGAGAUGCAGGUCAUCGCCAGCGACCCCAGGCUGCUCUUCACCGUGCGAGAUUUCAGAGAGCUGCCCAACAUAGAAGAGAGGGUCAUGCUCUCAUUUGGACCCUCUGCGGCAACUCCUGCCCCUCCAGGAGUGGACCUACCCAGUCCUUCACGGCCAGAGAAGAAGAAAGCAGAUAUUGUGUUCCUGUUGGAUGGAUCCAUCAAUUUCAAGAGGGACAGCUUCCAGGAAGUGCUCCGGUUUGCAUCUGAAAUCGUGGACACGGUCUAUGAAGAAGGCGACUCCAUCCAAGUGGGGCUGGUCCAGUACAAUUCAGACCCCACAGAUGAGUUCUUCCUGAAGGACUUCACCACCAAGAGGCAGAUUAUUGAUGCCAUCAACAAAGUGGUCUACAAAGGGGGGAGGCAUGCCAACACCAGGGUGGGCAUUGAGCACUUGCGGAUGAAUCACUUUGUGCCUGAGGCGGGCAGCCGCCUGGACCAGAGGGUCCCUCAGAUUGCCUUUGUGAUCACUGGAGGAAAGUCCGUGGAGGAUGCUCAGGAUGUGAGCCUGGCCCUCACCCAGAAGGGUGUCAAAGUGUUCGCGGUUGGCGUGAGGAACAUUGACUCUGAGGAAGUGGGAAAGAUAGCAUCCAACAGUGCCACGGCAUUCCGGGUGGGCAACGUGCAGGAGCUGUCCGAGCUGAGCGAGCAGGUUCUGGAGACCCUAUAUGACGCAAUGCACGAAACCUUAUGUCCCGGUGUGACCGACGUUUCCAAAGCCUGUAACCUGGAUGUGAUUCUGGGGUUUGAUGGAUCAAGAGAUCAGAAUGUAUUUGUGUCCCAGAAGGGCUUUGAGGCCAAGGUGGACAGCAUUUUGAACAGAAUCAGUCAGAUGCCAAGAAUCAGCUGCAGUGGCGGCCAGAUGCCCACCGUGCGGGUGUCAGUGGUGGCCAACACACCCUCAGGGCCGGUGGAGGCCUUUGGCUUUUCCGAGUUCCAGCCGGAGCUCCUGGAGAAGUUCAGGAACAUGCGCAGUCAGCAUCCGUACAUCCUCACUGCCGACACGCUGAAGCUCUAUCAGAACAAGUUCCGGCAGUCCUCUCCCGACAGUGUGAAGGUGGUUGUUCACUUCACUGAUGGGGCCGAUGGAGACCUGGCUGACUUACACAGAGCAUCUGAGGAACUCCAGCAAGAAGGUGUCCGAGCCCUGAUCCUGGUGGGCCUUGAACGAGUGGCCAACCUGGAGCGGCUGAUGCACCUGGAGUUUGGGCGGGGGUUCAUGUACGACAGACCCCUGAGGCUAAACUUGCUGGACUUGGAUUAUGAACUAGCAGAACAGUUUGACAACAUUGCUGAGAAAGCUUGCUGUGGGGUUCCCUGCAAGUGCUCUGGAGAGAGAGGAGACCGCGGUCCCAUUGGCAGCAUUGGGCCAAAGGGUAUCUCCGGGGAAGAUGGCUACCGAGGCUACCCUGGUGAUGAAGGUGGACCCGGCGAGAGAGGUCCACCUGGUGUGAACGGAACCCAAGGUUUUCAGGGCUGCCCGGGCCAGAGAGGAGUUAAGGGCUCUCGAGGAUUCCCAGGAGAGAAGGGAGAACUGGGAGAAAUCGGCUUGGAUGGUCUGAAUGGCGAAGAUGGAGACAAGGGGUUACCUGGUUCCUCUGGAGAGAAGGGGAGUCCUGGGAGAAGGGGUGACAAAGGACCCAAAGGAGAAAAAGGAGAAAGAGGAGACACUGGGAUCCGAGGUGACCCGGGUGACUCGGGACGGGACAGCCAGCAGAGAGGACCCAAAGGAGAGACUGGUGACCUCGGCCCCAUGGGUCUUCCAGGCAGAGAUGGUGUACCAGGAAGGCCUGGGGAGACUGGGAAAGAUGGUGGUUUUGGCCGAAGGGGACCAGCAGGAGCUAAGGGCAACAGGGGUGGUCCUGGGCAGCCUGGCUUCGAAGGAGAGCAGGGGACCAGAGGUGCCCAGGGCCCACCUGGUCCCACUGGUCCUCCAGGCCUGAUUGGAGAACAAGGCAUUGCUGGACCUCGGGGAAAUGGAGGACCUGCUGGAGCUCCCGGAGAACGUGGCAGAACCGGUCCCUUGGGGAGAAAGGGCGAGCCAGGAGAGCCCGGGCCAAAGGGAGGAGUCGGGAACCGCGGACCCCGUGGGGAGACGGGAGAUGAUGGGCGAGAUGGAGUUGGCAGUGAAGGACGCAGAGGCAAAAAAGGAGAAAGAGGAUUCCCUGGGUACCCGGGACCAAAGGGCACCCCUGGUGAGCCUGGGACAGACGGACCUCCAGGACCUAAAGGUGUUAGAGGCCGAAGGGGAAACUCAGGACCUCCGGGGAUAGUUGGACAGAAAGGAGACCCUGGCUACCCAGGGCCAUCUGGUCACAAAGGCAACCGAGGCGACUCCGUGGAUCAAUGCGCGCUCAUCCAGAACAUCAAAGACAAAUGCCCCUGCUGCUAUGGGCCCCUGGAGUGCCCAGUUUUCCCCACAGAGCUCGCUUUUGCCUUGGAUACCUCCGAGGGGGUCACACAGGACACCUUUAGCCGGAUGCGUGAUGUGCUUCUACAGAUCGUGGGCGACUUGACCAUUGCUGAGAGCAACUGUCCAAGGGGAGCCCGGGUGGCUGUGGUCACCUACAACAACGAGGUGACCACGGAGAUCCGUUUUGCUGACUCCAGGAAGAAGUCUGCUCUCAUGGACAGUAUCCGGAACCUCCAGGUGGCUCUGACAUCCAAACAGCAGAGUUUAGAGACCGCUAUGUCCUUUGUGGCUAGGAACACGUUCAAGCGUGUUAGGAAUGGCUUCCUGAUGAGAAAAGUGGCUAUUUUCUUCAGCAAUAAGCCCACGAGAGCGUCCCCUGAGCUGCGCGAGGCUGUUCUCAAGCUUUGGGAUGCGGGGAUCACACCCUUGUUCCUCACAAGCCAGGAGGACCGGCAGCUCAUCAAUGCCUUACAGAUCAAUAACACAGCAGUGGGGCAUGCUCUCGUCCUGCCUGCUAGGAGAGACCUCACAGACUUCCUGAAGAAUGUCCUCACCUGCCACGUCUGCUUGGACAUCUGCAACAUCGACCCGUCGUGUGGCUUUGGCAGCUGGAGACCUUCCUUCAGAGACAGGAGGGCUGCAGGCAGUGGCGUGGACAUCGACUUGGCUUUCAUCUUGGACAGCUCAGAAGCCACCACUCUCUUCCAGUUCAAUGAAAUGAAGAAGUACAUAGCCUACCUGGUCAGGCAGCUGGACCUGAGCCCAGACCCGAAGGCCUCCCAGCACUUCGCCAGAGUGGCCGUUGUGCAGCACUCUACCUAUGGGUCUGUGGGCAACGCCAGCGUGCCUCCGGUGAAGGUAGAAUUCUCUCUGACAGACUAUGGUGACAAGGAGAAGCUGCUGGAUUUCCUCAGCAGAGGAAUGACACAGCUUCAGGGAACCAGAGACUUGGGCAGAGCCAUUGACUACACUGUAGAGAAUGUUUUUGAGGAGGCCCCGAACCCGCGGGACUUGAAAAUCGUGGUGCUGAUGCUGACCGGCGAGAUGCAGAAGCAGCAGCUGGAGGAGGCCCGGACAGCCGUCCUGCAGGCCAAGUGCAAGGGCUACUUCUUCGUGGUUCUGGGUAUCGGCAGGAAGGUGAACGUCAAGGAGGUGUAUGGCUUUGCCAGUGAGCCCAAUGACGUGUUCUUCAAACUAGUGGAUAAGUCCACGGAGCUCAACGAGGAGCCGCUGAUGCGCUUUGGGAGGUUGCUGCCAUCCUUCGUCAGCAGUGAAAAUGCUUUUUACUUGUCUCCAGAUAUCAGGAAACAGUGUGAUUGGUUCCAAGGGGACCAACCAGCAAAGAAUGGUGUGAAAUUUGGUUACAAGCAAGUAAACACUCCAAAUAAUGUCACUUCAAGUCCUGCAUCCAAAUCAAUGACCACAACGAAGCCAGUGACCACCACCAAACCCACGGCCACGACGAAAUCAGCAACUAUUAUAAAUCUGCCGCCUGCCAAACCAGCCCCUCCCAAGCUAGCCCCUGCCAAGCCUGCCUCUGCCAAGUCAGCUGCUAUGAAACCAGAUGCUUCCAAGACGGUGUCCACCAAACCUGUGGCCUCCAAGCCCAUGGCCACCAAGCCCAUGGCCACGCACGCAGCCACCGUCAGACCCGCAGUGGUGGUGAAGUCAGCGGCCGCCAAGCCAGCAGCAGCAAGGCCCGCUGCAGUGAAACCCCCCGCUGCUGCUGCUGUGAAGCCAGCAGCCGCCAGGCCAGAGGUCCCCAGGUCACAGGCCAAACCCACUGCCACCAAGCCAGCUACUGCUAGACCCGUGGUUAAGGCUCUCCGAGAAGUCCAGGUGUCCGAGGUCACGGAGAACAGCGCCAAGCUGCACUGGGAGAGGCCUGAGCCCCCCAGUUCUUACUUUUAUGACCUCACCAUUACCUCAGCUCAAGACCAGUCCCUGGUUCUGAAGCAGAAUCUUACGGUCACUGACCGCGUCAUUGGGGGCCUGCUGGCUGGACAGACAUACAAUGUGGCAGUGGUCUCCUACCUGCAGUCACAGGUCAGAGCCAUCUACCAAGGAAGUUUCAGUACGAAGAAAACUCAGCUUCCACAGCCAGCUCGGUCAGCCUCUAGUUCAACAAUCAAUCUAAUGGUGAACACGGAGCCAUUGCUUCUUCCUCACAGAGAUAUAUGUAAGCUACCCAAAGAAGUCGGAACUUGCCAGAACUUUAAACUAAUGUGGUACUAUGACUCGAAUACCAAAAGCUGUGCGAGGUUCUGGCAUGGAGGCUGUGGAGGGAAUGAGAACAAGUUUGCGUCACAGGAAGAAUGUGAGAAGGUCUGCGCCCCAGACUUAUUAGCAUGACAAGAACCUAGGCACAGCCUUCUGGCAACACGUACCUCUGGGAGAAGAAGGAGGCAGCCAUUUCCAAACUCGUCUUUGUAGACGCCCUGGCACUGUGCCUUCCCACGCUUUGACUGGCACUCAGCUGCUGUGUGACCUGCCAAUAUGGUGCUAAACGUGUCUGUGGACCCUCGCUCUUCGUCUCCAGGCAGUUUGACGGUAUACUUGGAACCUUGUGUAAUCGUCAGCCACUGCUGGUGUUUAUGUGAACAUUCCUAGAAAUUCAGAUUCCUGCUGGAAUUCUGCGUGGUGCCUGUCCAGGGCUGAAUGUGCCAUCUCAAGAACAGCCCAGUGCCACAGGGACGCUGUACUUUUGCUUGGUUCAUUUCUGCCUUUAGUCGCAUGGCUUAGCUGAAGAAACAAGAUCUCAACCUUCUCAUCCUCCCAAUCCCCCGGUUAGCUUCCCGCGGCUUUCUUCUUCCGCGUCCUCUGGCAGCCGAGCUGCGAGAAGGAAGCAGCAGCCUGCCCUGUGUGCACUGUUGGGACCAAAGCCGUCAUUAAAGAGUUGAGAGAACAUCGCGGUGGAGAAUAUCCUGGCAUUCUUCUGAAGUUGUGGUUCGUUAUUACUAUUUUUUUGGAGUGUGGUUAAUUUUAAAAUUUUUAGGAAAUUUAUACAAAGAAACUUUUUAAUAAAGUAUAUUGAAUGUGUCA